CUACUAUAUUUUGAAAGCUACAAAGUUGUACAUUACCUUAUUCAAACACACUGUAGUGUGAUUAUUUUGUUUAUUUAAUACUUGACCUUCCAGGAAACCCCAUACGUUUAUUUACUUUGGCAUUUAAACAUUGGGCAUCUGGUAAUCAAGGGCAUUGAGAAUCUUUGAAGAGGCUGUUUCGAAAACCUGUGGGGCGAUCAUAUGAAUUAUACGAUGACGCAAAUACCGCGCCAAAUUUUGUAGAGAGCUGCUUGCUUGUUGACAAUUGGGAGCUAGAAAGGUACCUAGCUUGCUAUCCAAAAGACACGGACACAAUCACAAUAAUAACCUGUCAUUCACUCCAGUCAAAGGACGCUUGCUAGGUGAAGCAGACAUGGGUUUACUGGAUCAAUGUGAGGAGCUGUUCAAGACGUCAAACCUUUAUGAUGUAAUCGGUGUCACAAAUGAUGCAUCGGAGGCAGAGGUUCGACGGGGUUAUUAUAAAGUCUCACUACAAGUCCACCCUGACAGAUCACCAGGUGACGGGCAAGCCACUGCCAAGUUCCAGACUCUAGGGAAGGUGUAUGCAGUCUUAAGUGACAAAGACCAAAGGGCCAUUUACGACGAGCAGGGCAUAGUAGACGAGGAGUCCGACUCACUUGACCAAGAUCGUAACUGGGAAGAAUAUUGGAGAACAAUGUUUCCUAAGAUCACACUUCAAGAUAUCCUGAACUUUGAGAAGUCCUACAAGGACUCUGAGGAAGAAAAGCAUGAUCUGAUGCGGGUCUAUGAGGAGCACAAAGGCGACAUGGACAUGAUCAUGGAGAACGUGCUGUGUGCCACCCAGGAGGACGAGCCACGGAUCAGAGCCGUCCUCCAGUGCGCCAUCGACUCCAAGGUGCUGCUGGCUCACAAGGCUUUCACCAACGAGAGUGCUAAGAAGAAAAGCAGCCGCAAACGCAAGGCCGAUAAAGAGCGUAAAGAGGCAGAGGAGAUGCAGAAAGAGAUGGGCCUGAACAGCGAGGACAGCCUGGUGGCCAUGAUCAAGAAAAAUCAGAAGUCAAAAGAGGCAGGCUUUAACAAUUUUAUGGAUAACCUGGAGGCAAAGUACUGCAAGAAAAGACCAAGCUCCUCCUCAGGAAGGAAGGGAAAGAAGUGACUUUUUUUCUAACUCACCUCUGCGCUGUUGCUAACAGUCAUCUGUUUUCAUUAUAUGUUAUGAUUAAAAGUUGAUCCUGCGCAAAGACAGUUCUUGAGACCACUCUGUCGUAGUGAAAGAUGAUAUUCUGUUCAUAAGUCACUUAGGACCUAAACAUGGUCAGAUGAUUUGAGUGGCAGGGGAUGUGCCUAUAUAUAUGGGGGUGGGUCACUAUUGAUGAAGUCAUAUGUAUAUUUCCAAAGAUUUAAUAAAAUAAAAACGAUUUACUUGGUAAUGGAAAGUCUUAUCAUACUAGCUUCUGUAACCAGUGGCCUAGAUGGUUAUGUAGCAACAACACAUUAUCAAGACAUUGUGAUGUAAUGUUGCCGAUUGGUUUUAUGUAUAGCCCUUAAGGAUUAUUUUAUUUUUCAAAUUGCACUUAAAUGUAUUUGGUUUUGAAGUCAAAAAAUAAAAGCGUCCAAAACGUUCA